AUAGCUUGCCACCGGCAAGGCGAUUUUCAUCCAUAAAGCAAACACAUAGGGGCUUUUCGUCCUUGCCUUUUUUUUUCUUCUCGCGCUUUCGUGUCUAACAGUAAUGUUAUGCGCAGGCACAGAGGCAUCUUUGGCACCGAGUGGCCUUGAGCUCCUGCUCGCAGCUGUGGACUGCAUUGAUGGCACUGUGCCCUCUUGCGCAACAAAGUCUCCAUUCCAGGAGGACACACAUAAUGUUACCUGCUGCUCGGAUGUAGACUCUACUAGCCCUAUGCUGCAGAGAUCACAGCAGGAUAUACCACCUCCUUUUACAUCUGCUACCCACGAGCUCCUUCCUGAAUCUACAGCUCAAGUUGACGCAGCCUCCUUGCCCAGCCAUACAUCUACAGUAUGCCCAGCCUUACAACUUCCGCAUACAUCUGCUAGUCCCAAGCUGUUUCCUGGAUUUGCAUCCCAAUUUGACGAAUACUCAGCUGCCUCAUUACCCAGCCACACAUGUGCAAUAUGUCCAGGCCUCCAAACCCCUCCUAUAUCUGCUAGCCACAAGCUUCUGCCUGGAUCUGUAGUCCAAGUUGAUGGGAGCUCAUCAGCCGAGGUCCUUUCGACAACAAACGUGGCUGCUCUGCACAAGAGAAUUGCAGAACUGGAGGAUAAGCUGCAAAGCCACAAACGAAGACUGUCUGUUUGUCAGCGGCAGAAAAAUGCUGCAGUACAAGAGAAGAACCUCCUCAAGAGACGGGUUGAUCAGUUUUUAGGAACUGACCAGCUGCAAUGCAUGGAGAGGCCUACGAUGCGUGGCAGGCCAUGGUCAACGCCUACUAUAGAGAAGGGGCUGAAGAUCAGGCUCACAUGCGGACGUAGGGGUUACAACAUCGUUCAAGAGAUUGGGACGCCACUGCCAUCGGAACGAACGCUUCAGAGGCACCUAGAAAGCUUCAAGUUUUCACCUGGCAUACUUCAUGAAAUCCUACCGUCUCUUUCCAUCAAAGUGAGUAUGCUUAGCAUAGCAGGUGUUUUUUUUUUCCCUUGCUGACCUUACCUACUUCAGCAAUAAGGCUCUGAGGUGGUAUGAAAACUAACUACAAGCACUGUUAAGUCUUUCGGGGAAACAGGGAAUACAUUCAGUGGCUGCUGUUUCCUCUGGCUACUGCGUUCAGUUACUGAGUUUUUUUACGUUUAUUUUUUUAAUGCUGGUAUAGCAUUCAUUAUCAUGUGACAUACCAAGUUUACAUGCUAUCUUCUAUUUAUCAGGUGAACCUCAUGGAGGACUACGA